CAAAAACAAAAGGAAUGUAUAUGCUGAAAACUUUUUUGACUGACGAACUCCACGACGUGGCUAGCUAAACCGCGACGAAAAUGCAAAUGAAACAUUGGGCUCUACUUUGAUCCACACGACACUCAGAACGAAAGAAAAAUGAACGAAGGAACGGCAAAUAGGACAUCGAAAGUUCGCUUUUCGGCAAACACGGACACGUUCAGCGAGGAGGAAGAAGCAGACAUUCGCCACAAGCGACUACUUCGGUACUGGUAUAAAGGAGGUCGAAGGUAUAGUGAGGCCGAGAAAGCCUUCCUGAACCGAGUAAGGAUCCCUUCCGUUGGAUUACUCGGCGAUGGAGAGACAAAAGUCGGAUGGUUGAGAUUCUUCGACCCUGGAGGUGACAGGCUCUAUUACUGGCUUUUAAUAGUAUCUGUAGCGGUUGUGUACAAUUCAUGGGUUCUUAUAUUAAGGUCGUCUUUCCCCGAACUCCAUAAGAAACAUCAAUACGUUUGGAUAGCAAUCGAUUAUCUCUGUGACGUCGUGUACAUUGUAGACAUCUUCGUCAGCUCUAGAACAGGCUACAUGGAAGAUGGUAUCAUGCAAAAAGACAUCAAAAAAAUGCGGCGUCACUACCUCCGAACGUCGAAGUUUUAUAUGGACGCCGCGUCCAUAAUCCCAUUAGACAUAGCAUAUAUUUUCAUCGCGCAUGAGCCGGCUAUUCGCAUGAAUCGUCUUAUCAAGUAUCACCGGUUCUGGCAUUUUCUGGAUCGUACCGAGAGCAGAACAAGUUAUCCGAACCUGUUCAGACUUGCGUCCCUGAUGCAAUUUAUUCUGGUUAUAAUCCAUUGGAACGCCUGUAUAUAUUUUAUAGUGUCGCGUAAAAUUGGAUUUGGAAAGGACCCCUGGGUAUACCCCGGAAUAAAAGGGAACGCUAAUAUGACUGAAAUGCACAGGUCUCUCACGAGGAAAUACAUCUAUUCCUUUUAUUGGUCGACUUUAACGUUAACUACGAUUGGUGAGGUUCCACCGCCACAUACUAAUGUGGAAUUUAUUAUAGUCAUAAUCGACUAUUUAAUAGGCGUUUUGCUCUUCGCUACCAUUGUGGGAAACGUUGGCAGCAUAAUUACCAAUCAGAAUGCUGCUAAAGUGGAUUUCCAAAAUAAGAUGGACGGGAUUAAGUCCUAUAUGCGCUUUCACAAGAUUCCGCAGCAUCUACAACAACGUGUAAUUAAAUGGUUUGACUAUCUGUGGAUGAACAAAAAACAUCCCGACGAAGAGGAACUCCUGCAGUCACUGCCUGAUAAACUGAGGGCAGAGUUGGCGAUCCAUGUACAUCUCGAUUCACUAAGAAAGGUCGAAAUAUUUCAAGAUUGUGAAGCAGGAUUUCUUAGCGAGCUGGUCUUGCGUCUCCGUCCUCAGUUGUUCUCCCCAGGAGAUUACGUUUGCAGAAAAGGCGAGGUUGGCCGAGAAAUGUAUAUCGUGAAUAGGGGCAAGCUGGAGGUGGUGUCGGAGACGGGCACCAAAGUGUACGCUGUGUUAGAGGCCGGGAGUUACUUCGGCGAGAUUAGCGUUCUGUGUAUGAGUGCUGCUGGAAAUCGUCGGACGGCUUCGGUACGCUCCGUUGGCUAUUCGGAGUUAUUUUGCUUGUCUAAAAACGAUCUGAUGGAAGUGCUUGACGAGUAUUCAGAAAUAAAGACGAAAAUUGAGAAUAUUGCUAAACAACGUCUAGAGAAUGACAAACGAAGGACCAGCGUAUUGCUUUCUAACAAACAUGAUAAAAACAGAGCUAAUGAAAAUGGAACCGAUAUGGAUCUAAGAGUGAAGAGCAAAGUUUUUGCUAAAUUGGAGGAAAGGAUAGCCACUCUUGAGAGGGAACGCGUGGACUUGAUGGAAGAAAUGAAACGACAAAGAGAAGAGUUUUCCGACAGGCUGGUAGACUUGGAGACGUCCAUGGCACAGUUGUCUCGAGAUCGUCGAGGGGACGGACAGAGACCAACUUCAAGAUCGUUUGAUUUUGUUUGGAAGAGAAGAUGACUGAAUGUGAUUACUGAACUGUUUUCUUUUCCCUUCGGAGUACUUUGACGCUGGCGUUCAAGUACUGUCUUUGAAUUUAAUUAGAUGCACCAUAUUGAACUGACGCUGAAUUAGGUUAAGGUUGAUAAAUGGUAUGCGUCGGUAUGGUAGAGAGGGUAACGUUUGAAGGCAUUCUUACCGUGCUAUGCUACCAACAAUACAGCACAGGGACCUUAAGCAGUCAGGGCAAAAACACCGAGGAGGGCGUCGAUUAAAAAAUAGAUGAAUACUUUAAGUCAGAAUUUUCCAAAAGGCUGGAUGUCUUAACUGUCUCUUGUGGCCCCUCAUGCACUCCAACUUCAGCUUAACGUAUGUGAGCAGCGAUGAGCUCCAAAUGGAAACUUAGAUAAUUUGCCGUCCGGCGUGGUUUCCGUUCUCAGACCGAGCAAGUUAAAAUUAUUUCACGUUGUUGUCAUGUAGAGGACGGCUAAGAAAUGAACAAAGAUUUGAACGGACGAGCCUAGCUAUUAUUCUAUUCAUUUGAUCUUUUGUUUAGCCACGUCCUCGUCGCCGUCGCCGUCGUGGUUUUCUUAAGGUCCCUGUCACAUUCUGAUAUUCUAGUGGCAUCAACUUCUCCUCUCAUAAAAUACGAGAGAAAACCGUGCACUCUGAAGAUGGUUACCAGAAGAAACUCAGCAGAACUGCCACAGAAGGAGAUGAUGCUAAAUGCCGCUGCGACUCGAUUUACCUUUUCUCUGUGUGCUUAUUUGUUGCGUCUACAGUUCAUAUCCAGUGGAGUGAAUGGAAAUUUCAAAAACAUUUUUAAAUAGCCGCCAGGUAUUGGCCUAGAGUAGCCUUUCUUCUUAAUUUCGUGUCAAUUCGUUUUAUGAACAUCUUUAUAUCAAGAAUAUUGUCAGUUCCUGAUGAUAAAUCUUUCAAACGAGCCAGAUUUAAUGGAACAUUUUAGCAAUUUCAUAAUUGCUUAAAACGUUCCGCGCCGACCUAGUAUGUAUUUGUAGCAUUUGUCAUUCUUGUUCACCAGACAAUAGGACGCAAAGCGCUUUUAAAGGUUCCCUUAUUCUCUCUCUUGCUCGUCUACUUUUUACUCAAACUCUGUCGCCUUUUGAUCGUUGUUGUCCGAAGCGUUUCUGGAAUUCUAUGAUUAACUGACUAUAACUUUGAUAAAUUUCCUAAUCUAGAUAUGUAUGCGCCGCUGUGGAACACACAAAAAUGACGAAAAUCAUUUGUGGAUAAUUAUGAAAUUCUCUCAUUAGAAGCUAUUUGAAGAAAACGUUUGCCUUUGAACUUGCUUCAUAAAAGCAAUCGCUGCCGAUUGUAACAGCUGAAAAGCGGGAAUUUUCAGUCGUUUCGACCUAAAUCACUCAGAGAUAUGCCAAAAAAUCUUAGUUUACCAUUAUAUAUC